AUGACGACGGAAGAAUCGCCAUGUUUUGUGAGCGGGCUAUUCUCGGUCGUUUUGGUCGGAGUAGUCUCAUUCAUAGCCAGAAAGUUCUUCAAAGGAACACAAUUCACAGAACGAGUAUCAGCUAAGGAAAAAGUUGCAGUGGUAACUGGAGCAAGUGGUGGCAUUGGAUUGGAAACUGUUGCCGGGUUGAAUAAGGCUAAAGCGAAGGUUUACAUGCUGUGUCGUAGUCUCCCGAAAGCAGAAGAGGCAGUUAUAGAUUUGGUCAAGAAAGGAUGUGACGCCACGAGACUCAUAAUCGUACAUUGCGACUUCAACGAUUUCAAUAGCGUCCGUCAAUGUGCUAAAACUGUGUUGGAAGUGGAAAGUAAGAUAGACAUACUCGUCAACAAUGCUGGCGUAGCAUGUACUAAAUAUGCGAAAUCAGUAGAUGGCCAUGAAGAGACUUGGCAAACAAACCACCUUGGACCAUUCCUGCUUACUGAGUUGCUUCUACCUGCCGUAAAGCAGGCCAAAGAUGGUCGUAUCGUUAACGUAUCAUCUCGUCUAGCUCUCAAAAGCCCCCGUAUCGAUGUUAACACAGUUGAUGAAAAAUCUUCUUUUGGACUGCUGACUGCGUAUCCUCGCUCCAAAUUGGCUAACAUCAUGCACGCCAGAGAACUAACUCGAAAACUGAGGGCCAAUGGAAGCAAUGUCAUCAUCAACAGUUUACAUCCUGGAGUAGUCAAUUCCGAGCUUGGUAGGAACACAUUUCUUAGUAUAACUCCGAUCUUCCAAAUCACUGCUCCUUUCCGUUGGUUCUUCAUGAAAACUAACAGAGAUGGAGCUCAAACUACUCUGUACGUAGCUCUGAGUAAGAAGGUUGAUGGUGUCAGUGGCAAGUACUUCAGUAACUGCAAGCUAUCCGACGAAGGACCAAUCGCAAAGAACGAAUCAGAUUGCGAAGCUCUGUAUGAGUACAGUUUGAAACAAGUUGGACUAUUGAAAUCCAAUGCUUAA